AUGGAAGCAACCAAACAAGAGCCAAAGGAUAUGGUGAUCAACUCUCCUCCAAGCCUCUUUAGGAGGAAAAAGUGGACCAAGUUGGAUAAAAAUCUUGCUUUGGUCUUUCUAAUUUUGCAUCUUCUUUGCGUUUUCGCACCGUUUUGUUUUACUUGGGGUCGUUUCUUUCUUGCUAUACUAUUAGCCAAUCUAACAGGUAUAGGUAUUAGUGUUUCGUAUCAUAGAAAUCUCGCACAUCGAAGCUUCAAACUCCCUAAAUGGCUCGAGUAUUCACUUGCUUAUUGUGGAGCUCACGCACUCCAGGGUGAUCCGAUUGAUUGGGUGAGUACACACAGAUGUCAUCAUCGAUAUGUUGAUUCGGAACGAGACCCACAUAGUCCUAUUUACGGAUUUUGGUUUAGUCAAAUCGCGUGGCUUUUUGAUUCGUAUAAUUUGACCAAAAAAGUGUGUCCAAACUAUAAUACUUCUCAAAAGAUUGAAAGAAGCAAGUUUAUGUCGUUCAUGAAGCAUGGAUAUCCAGACAAUGUCAAUGACUUGUUGAAUCAAUCCUUCUAUAAGUUCAUGCAUAGAACAUAUUUUCUUCAUCCACUAGCUCUCUUGGUAUUGUUGUAUGCUAUUGGAGGAGCUCCUUUUAUCAUAUGGGGAAUGUCGGUGAGGUUCGUACUAAGCUUGCACAUAACAUCUAUGGUAAACUCAGUAUGUCAUAUCUGGGGAAAGCAACCAUGGAACACGGGAGACAUGUCGAGGAACAAUUGGUUGGUGGCUUUACUUACGUUUGGAGAAGGAUGGCAUAACAAUCACCAUGCAUUUGAGUACUCAGCAAGGCAUGGUCAUGAAUGGUGGCAGAUUGAUUUUGGUUGGUAUAUUAUUAAGCUUCUUCAAGUCAUUGGAUUGGCUACUCAUGUCAAAUUGCCUUCUGAAAACUACAAGCAAAGGUUGGCUGCCGAUUAAGAUUACAAUGAUCCUUAAAGA